AGAUAUAUCAUUUUAGUUUCAUUGAAAUUGCGAAUUUCAUUUUUAUGUUCCUAUAAUCUUCACAUUUGUCUUGACAGUUCAGUUUUUUUUUUUAUCCGUUUAUGAAUGCGUAACAAAACCUUUUAGAAAAAUGUCUAGCGUUUUUACAGACGAUAUUAUUUAUGAAAUAUUUAAACUUUUAAAAGAUACUGACGUUUAUGGAAAUUCAUUAUAUUCUUGUCUAUACGUAAAUAGACGAUUUUGUGUUAUUGCAGCACCUUUUCUCUGGAAGACUACCUUUCAAAAAGAAGCGAAAUCCAAUAUAUUUAUAUCAACAUACAUUUCUUGUUUGAACAAACGUUUUCAUGGUUGGCAAAAUGAUAAUGACCGUAGUUUACUUUUAUCUGGGAGAUUUUUGACCAUGUCACCACUCUUUGAGUAUG